CCCGCCCACCCCACUACAUAAUCAACUCCAGUCUGGCUUAUGAAACUCAAGCACCGGGGAGUGUUUUCUCCGCCGUCUGUAACACACGCAUUCACGCGGACUGAGAAGGCGCUCAUCUGUCUCUAAAGAUGUCGUUUUACAGGAAUGCCGUCUGGUUUGUGAAAGGACUCCAAGAGUACACAAAGAGUGGCUAUGAGGCAGCAGCAAAGCAUUUUGCUCCAGCAGACCUGGACGUAAACCUGAGCGGGAGGUCCUUCAUGAUAACGGGGGCCAACAGUGGGAUAGGAAAAGCCACAGCGCAGGAAAUAGCCAACAGAGGUGGAACCGUUCACAUGGUCUGUCGGAACAAGGGGCGAGCCGAAGCAGCCAGAGAUGACAUUGUGGAACAGAGUAAAAAUCAGAACGUUCACAUCCACAUUGUCGACAUGUCCAGCGCGAGGCAAGUGUGGGAGUUCGCCCAGAACUUCUCACAGAGCGACACCGUACAUGUGCUGAUUAACAAUGCAGGCUGUAUGGUGAACCAGAGAGAGUUAACUCAGGAGGGUUUGGAGAAGAACUUCGCCACAAAUACACUCGGUACAUACAUCCUCACCACAGCAUUGAUACCUGCGCUAAGGAAUGUCGAAGACCCAAGAGUGGUCACGGUGUCGUCAGGAGGCAUGCUCACACAGAAGCUGAACGUGGACGACCUCCAGUUUGAGAAGGGAACGUUUGAUGGCACCAUGGCCUACGCUCAGAACAAGAGGCAACAGAUAAUCCUCACAGAGAGAUGGGCCAGUCAGCACAAAGAGGUCCACUUCUCCUCCAUGCACCCGGGCUGGGCAGACACACCAGCUGUUCAGACGUCCAUGCCUUCAUUCCACGCUAAGAUGCAGUCCAAACUGAGGACGGAGGCCAUGGGGGCCGACACCGUGGUGUGGCUCGCUGUGUCUGCGGCCGCCAGGAAGCAGCCGAGUGGACUCUUCUUCCAGGAUCGCAAAGCGGUUGCGACACACUUGCCGCUGGCCUCGUCCAGGUCCACGCCACAGGAGGAGGAGAAGCUUAUGGCUGCACUGGAGGAGUUCUCUCUCAAGUUCAAACCUUAAUAUGACUGCAAAUGGACCAAGCACUCCUAAAUAAUUAUGAAUGUUUACAUAAUCAUGGUUCUCAAGGCUUUUUUUGUUUAUUACACAACUCAUUGAUUGUUGAAAGAACAGAUGUCACUAAGAACAAACUCUCCAAGUGCAGUUUGAUUGUGAUAUUAUGGCUUUUAUGUACUAUGCUCAAAAUCAGGCUUCAGGAAAAUCUGAAUCGCUUUCUACUACUCAUCAAGCUUAUAUGGGGAAAUGUAUUAAUCACUGUGGUUUUAAUAGUAAUGUUUUCAAAGUGUACAUUAAUUUCUGUAAAAUAUAUAUAGUUUUAAUUUGAUGGUCAGGUUCAGUUUUGGUUAUUUUCAAAUUAAAAGUAUUUAUACAUUGUU